GGGUAGGUUGCUCGAUGACGAAACCAAGAAGAAAAUAACAAAACUAAAAAUAUUAAAAUCUUAUUAAAAUCGACAGAUUUGAUUUUUCUCUAGAAAACACCCACAAAAUCUUCGAUUUAAACUAAAUAGUCGGAGAAAAAGGAAUAAAGUUAAUUUUUUUUAACAUGUCGAGGUUCUCCAUGUCGGCAGGUUCUCCACCAGGUUACGUCCCGUGUAUAAAUUGAAUUGACGGCCGAAUUUUUACCCGACCGGCUUUUUAAAUCGUGCUUGUAAAGCACGAUGGCCUGUUCGAUUUUGAGGAGGAAGUUCGCCCUGGCCCGGUCCAAAGGGUUCUACCAGCAGAUCAGAACCGGCUACAUAGUACUGCUGCCUGAGACCGGACCUCCACAGGGAGACAAGAACCCCCUGUUCAAAAAUGGGCUGCCCGACGCGGAAAACUUGUCGGGCGAGAAGUGCCUUUCGACGCUCGGCAACCAGCUCCUCGAUUUUGAGCACUGCAUACGAGAAGUUGAAAACAGCAUUAUAGAAAACAAAGAUGAGCUUGAUUUGUUUGAAAAUGUUCUUGAGCCAAUUGAAGAAAGCGGCAGUAAGAUGGAGGCCACCUGGGGCCUAUCUAAAGUCCUGUAUCUCACUGAAAGCAAUAUCAUGCCGCCACAAAAGUACGUUUUGAUGCACAACCGCGCCAGGAAGGCGCGUUCCGCCAAAUUCAACUCAAAACCUAUAUACAACAUGUUUAAGAAUUGUGAUAAGAACAACUUGACUGAGGAAGAACAGAGGGUGGUAAAUAAAUUUCAAAUCGAGGGCAAGCUUAACGGCUUGGACCUGCCGCCCGAAAAGAAAGAAUAUUUAAGCUUGCUUCUAGUCGGUCUGGCCAACGAAAAGGAAAAAUUUCUAACAAGUACACAAGCAACCAUAAGAAAUUUUAGGCAUACGAUUCACGAUCCAGUUAAAGUCUCAAAUUUUCCUGACAGACUGUUAUACUCAAUGGCUCAGGAUAAGGCUAAAUAUAAAAACGGACCUUGGGACAUAUUACUCAACCCUUCGAUAACCGACGGUGUCCUGGCAUACUGCUCAGACAGGGAUGUACGCUGGAAUACUUGGAUGGCGUUGAGACAAGUCGCUUCCGGCCUCAGCGGUCAGUCUGACGAAUUCAAUAAUAGCUUUAGAUUAGAGAAAAUCCGUUCGUUGAGGAGGGAUAUUGCCGCAGUCUUGGGCUACGAGUCUUACAUCCAUAUGUCGAUGGAGACCAAAAUGGCCGGCUCGUUGGAUGUGGUGAAAUCAACAUUGUACAGAUUGUUGGAGAAAGCAAAAAUGCUGCAAGAGAAAGAACUUACCAAACUUCAAGAGUUUGCUUAUGACCGUGGAUUUAGAGGCAGUAUGGAGAUGUGGGACAUCACUUAUUGGGAGCGAGAACAAAAACAAGAUUUAUACCAAUGGGACAACAUGAAGAUCUCUGAAUAUUUCCCAUUAGAAACAGUAUUUAAAGGUAUUCUUAACUUAACAUCUCGUACGUUCGGUAUUCGAUUCGAGGAAGAGAAAAAAGUAAAAUCCUGGCAUCCGGACAUUAAGCUGUAUCAUAUAUUUAACAACGAGUCGCCCAAUCCUAUCGCUGGGCUCUACAUAGAUUUUUACUCGAGGGAUGGAAAAAUGGACACCGGUACCGGAUCAGGGCAUGUUGUCGGAAUCAGGCCCGUCGCGAAAAUCCUCGGAACUUCACAACCACUAGCCGCUAUGAUAUUUAAUUUCCCUCCGCCAAAAAGCAAUAAAGAGCCUUGCCUUUUGCAUUUCGACGAUGUUGAGAACAUGUUCAAGAAGUUUGGUCAAGCUCUGCAGCAGUUACUGAGCCAUGUCAACUAUUCUGAGGUUUCUGGCCUGUCGAACAUCGAGUGGGAUGCUGUCGAAGUUGUCAGCAACUUCAUGUACCUAUGGCUGAAAGAUACAGAAGUCUUGAAAGAAAUAUCAGGCCACUAUAGAGACGGAAAGCCGCUGCCGUUCAACAAAAUAGAACAGAUAAGAAAACACAUGGCUGGUUACCGUUUAUGCCAAGAGAUCUACUUGGCUAAUUUAGAUUUAGACCUGCACACAUCGAAAGAGUUCUGGUUACCACUUAUGAAAAAACUCUGGCAGGAGCAUUUUAUUCUUCCUUUAGAUAGUAAAGACAAUCAUCCUUUGAGUUUCACAGCGUCUGUUUGCGGUGAUCUGAGCGGUGCUUACUAUUCGCGCCUAUGGGCUAGAAUGUUGGCCGAAGACGCUUAUAAUUCUUUUAAGACUGACCCCGACAGAGCAGCGAUAGGGCUGAGGUUCCGAGACACUUUCCUUGGAUUCGGAGGUGCGUGCCAUCCCAGCGAAGUAUUUAGGCGUUUCCAGGGUCGAGACCCAUCCCCUGAAGCAUUCGAGGAUCAGUUGAACGAUAAUUAAUCAAUAAGUGUAUAAAUAAUAAUUUAGAAAUACUUUUAUUUCUAGUUUUAUAUUGUUGCAUAGAAUAUUUUUUGUUUGUAAUUUAAUUAGAUCCAAACGUAUAAAUGCAUUUUUACUGCCUGUUCGCUGCAAUAAACAAGAAACAUUAUUGUUACAUA